AUGGUCGACAUGCCGCUCGUGUGGGUGAAGCUCUACGUGCUGAGGCCCAAGAGUCCCAGCGCGCCGCCGAAGGGUAUCAUCAAGAACGUGAGCUUCGCCAAGGAUAGUAAGGAUAGUGAUGCAGGUAGCAACCAGUCCACGCCCCGCAGCUCCAAGACGGGCAAGGGGACGCGUGGACAGGCUGGUGAAUCAUCAGCCCGCACCCUCCUCGAGCAGGCGAUCGCUGCCGCGCAGGAUCCCAAGUUGAAGGAGGCUUUGACGCAGCAGGUCGCCCAGCUCAAGCGCGAGGAGGCUCAACACCAGCAGCCCAAGGCAGCGGAGCUCAAGGAGCGUCGUCUUGCCGAGGAGCUGGCGGAGGCGACCAUCGUGAAGCAGCAGGCCGCGCGUGCGCUGGCAGCGGCCGAGGGAGUUGUGCCCAAGCCAGAGGGGAAGGCCGACGACAAGUGUGGCAAGCCCUUCGAGCUAGUGUACGACCACACGCUGUUCGACAAUCUUGACGAGUUGGAAUGCGAGGACUCCGAGAAGGAGACCUUGAGGAAGAUUCAUAGCGAGCUGCAGUCGGCCAAGACCACCCUCAAUGGCAAGGCUGAUGAGGUCACCAUGAUGCUCAAGAACGCCCAGGACAUGCGCCAGGCCAUCAAGGACCGCUCCAUGAAGAAGAGGCGCACGGCCGAGGGCCAGGCCGCACCCCCCGCAGCGCCGCAGCCAGGCGAGGCCGCGCCCGCAGCCAGCGGAGGCAGCGGCAGCGGCAGCCAGGCAGCGGCGGCGGCAGCGCCGCAGGCGCCCGAGGGUGCGGCCGCAGGUGCGGCUCCAGCAGAUGUCCAUGCAGAGCGAGUUCGUGCUGAGACAGCCAAGCUCUCAGCCGCCAAGUUCCAGUCCCAGCAGCAUCUGUCGGAGGAUCCGACCCCUGCGUCAUCUUGA